AAGACAACACAGGGGUGGCAGAUCCUUCUCUCUCUUACGUACUGAUUGCAGUAGGAGGAGCCUCUCUACUUCUGUUCCUUUGUGACUGCAGAAAUCUCGAUUCUUUGUAAGUUUUGUAGGUGUUUGAUCCUUGCCCUGAAAAAAUUUCAGCCCCCAGAAGGAGAGAGGGGUAAAGUUCCUGCAGGCAUUGGUUUCAUAUUGUUGGUUGUGGAAUGGGGUUAGGGUUUUUUGUUAUCCCCCUUUGGUUUUGCUUAUAAAUUUUAAGAAGCUUCUAAGUUCUGCCCAACAAGAUGGUGAUUGAGAAAGAGGGUUCCAGAGGUGGAGGCUAUGUGGGUGGGUUUCUUCAGCUGUUUGACUGGACUGCAAAAUCUCGGAAGAAGUUAUUCUCAAGCAAAUCAGAUUUUCCAGAGCAUUUAAAACAGGGGAAGAAAAGUGAUGGAAACUUGCCAAUGACACAAUUUCAUCUGAUAGAUGAGGAUGAGAUUGGAGUAGGGUCAAGCGUCAGAGGAAUUAGUGAUUAUAGUUGUGCUUCAUCAGUUACAGAUGAUGAUAUAUAUGGAGUUAGGGCCCCUGGGGUUGUAGCCAGGCUUAUGGGAUUAGAUUCAUUGCCAACAUCUUCUUCUGAGCUCUAUUCCACCCCACUUUUUGAUAUGGAAUCUCUUCGAAGUGCUCAGUACCACAAUAAAAACCUUUAUUGUAAUCAUGACCAGCAAAUGGUGCACCCUGGGAAUCUGUCCCGAAAGGUAGAUGGUCCUGUCAAGAACUUUGUAGAGUCUAAGCCUCAGAAGAUAGUUAGCAGACCUAUUGAGAAGUUCCAGAGUGAAAGCUUGCCUCCUAAAUCAGCUAAAUCAAUUCCAAUUACCCAUCAUAAACUUUUGUCUCCUAUCAAGAGUCCUGGCUUUGUUCCAAUAAAAAAUGCUGCUCACAUAAUGGAAGCAGCUGCAAGAAUUAUUGAAUCCAGCCCCCAAGUUGCCACUAGGGCCAAAAUGCCACUGGUUGGAUCAUCUUCGGCACCGCUGAAAGUUCGUGAUCUCAAAGAAAAAAUUGAGGCUGCACAGAAAAUGCCUCCAGUUGGAUCUGCUUCUGUUUCUCUGAAAGUUAGAGAUUUGAAGCAGAAAGCUGAAACUGUUGAUAAAACAUCCAGGCUUGCUGAAAGUACUCAAAGGCCAGUUGAGUCAAAUGCUGCCAAGUAUCUUAAGGGACAAUCUUUAAAUAAAAGCUGGAAUGGAUCAACAGAUCUGACAUCACUUGGGGCUUCUGAUGCAGAAGAAGGUUCUUCUCGUGUAAAGAAUAAGGGGAAGUCAAUUUCACUUGCAAUCCAAGCUAAGGUCAAUGUUCAGAAAAGAGAAGGAUUAUCUUCUAGUGGCAGUCAAAGUUUAUUGUGCCAAAGAGACCAGAGUGAGGUCAAGUCUAGCCAGACCUUCAAGAGCCAACCAAAUAGUCAAAAAAAAUUGCUUAAGAAAUCUUCUACUCCUAGUGAUUCUGGUGCACUCAGGCAGAAUAAUCAGAAGCAAAAUUGUCUGACAGAUAAAGAUAAAAUAUCUUCAAGGCCUAUGGUUUCCAACAUGCAGAGUAGAAAAGAUAUAUCUGGCGAUUCUUCUUUUGGGCGACAGAAGACCUCAAGGAAAACUGUUCAGAGUUCCAAAACUGGAUCAAGGAAGUUGGGCUUAGAUGUAACAGACAAUGAAAGAGGAGGUCCAUAUUCUGGUACAAAGAAACUCUCACGGAAGAAACGGUCGAUUGAUGGGGAAUUUCAUUCAGAGAAAAAUGAAAUUAUUAAUAACAUGUUGAUUGGUGAUAGAAGUGAGAAGUCUGUACAAUCUAAUGCUGAUAGGCAUUUUAGCUGGGUUGAAGAUAGCAAAAAGAAAGGCAUGGAUGUUGUCUCCUUCACUUUCACAGCCCCAUUGACCCGGCCAAUGGAAACGUCUGCUCAGAUUGCACAAAGAAGUAACAACAAUUGCAUGAACAACCAGGGUAAGAGGUUGUUGCUCGACACAGAAAGUACGAAGUUGUCUUCAUUGGGAUAUAAUAUGAUAGGAGGAGAAGCUUUGAGUAUGCUUUUGGAACAAAAAUUAAGGGAAUUAAGUAAUGCAGUUGAGUCAUCUUCCCAUGAAUCUCUCCAAUCGGGAUCUUUAUCUUCUUCUACAUCAAUUUUACACAAUCUGGUUGAAAGUCCUUCUGUUAGUUCUGCACCAAGGUUCUAUGACAAACUGAAUAGUUGCUGUGGUCCAAGCCUUUCCUCCACUGAUCUUCAAGAGCUCCAAUUGAAACACAAGUUUCAGGGAGUUGAUGAAAUGGAUGAGUGUAGCAGUAGCCAACUUGAUGCUUGGCAACCUAGUCCUGUUUCUGUCCUUGAACCUUCCUUUUCAACUGAAAGUUGCAACUCUUCAGAUAGCAUGGAUUGUAGCAUUAUGGAAGGAAGCAAGCAAUCCUCAUCUGUUCAAGCUCAAGGCCUUCGUGGGUUAUGUUAUUUGAAGAAGUUGCACACACUAGAAGCUGAUACAGAGUUAUCAGAUUCAGCAUCUUCUUCAUCCAUCAGAGCUGUGGAUAACAAGACUCCAAAUGCUGUUAAGACAGAUUCCAUGAAAUUGAUCAAAUGGGAACUGGAAUAUGUGAAGUUGAUACUGUGCAAUGUGGAGUUGAUGUUUAAUGACUUUGCAUUGGGCAGAGCUCGAGAGAUCAUAAGCCCUCAUCUUUUGGAUCAGUUAGAAAAUCAAAAAGCAGGUGUUAGAAGUAACAGUGAGGAAUCUAGGCUGCAAAGAAAGGUAUUAUUUGAUUGUGUCAGUGAAUGUUUAGACUUAAGAUGCAGACGAUACGUAGGUGGGGGAUGCAGAAUGUGGGCAAAAGGGGUGGCAAUGCUGAGAAGAAACGAGUGGUUAGCUGAGGAAGUUUACAAGGAGAUCUCACAGUGGAGAGGCAUGGGUGAUUGCAUGGUGGAUGAGCUUGUCAACAAGGACAUGAGCAGUCAAUAUGGAAAGUGGCAGGAUUUUGAAGUUGAUGCAUUUCUACUUGGAUCAGAGGUUGAAGAUCAGAUAUUUAAUGCUUUGGUUGAUGAAGUGGUGGCCGAUAUCUUGCCAUUUUAAUGCUUGAGAACAUGAGUAUUUGUUACUUGCAACCAUUACAUUCAUAAUCUUUUCUUCUCUGUUUUAUGAGAGUUCUUAGAAGUUUAUUGUAAGUGCCAAAUCUAUUGUGCACUCAAUGCAGUGGCUCCCCCAUUCCAUAAUAAUAGGGUUGAUACAAUCAAAUGCCUUAUUUUUCUUGCAUGGAACCGCCAUCUGGAACUUGAUUGUUUCUAUUUGAUGAAAUUUAUUUCAUUUACCAUUUUUGGGCUUUAGACUUGAUGAGGAUGGGAGUGGAACCUGCUCGGUUGGCUUUUGUGGUCCUUCUAUGCUUUUCACAGAGGUUACGAUCAGUCGGAACACUGUUUGGUGAGGUUGGUCAUGUUGCAUCAAUGCUGCACCAAAUGUGUUUUCCCCUUUGUAAUGGUGACGCCAACAAAAUAAUUUUUAUAUA